AUCCCAUCCAUAACACAAUUCAAAUCAACCACAAAGAUUGUAAGAAAAAACACAAAGUUAUAUAUAUUUAAGAUCAAGCUUGUAUAUAACUCUUGAGUUAAUCAUCUACAUUAGAAAGAUGGGAAACAGUUUGAGAUGUUGUUUGGCUUGUGUUCUUCCUUGUGGAGCUUUGGAUUUGAUCCGAAUAGUUCAUUUAAAUGGCCAUGUUGAAGAGAUCACACGUCCGGUCACCGCCGGGGAGAUUCUAAGCAACAACCCUAAUCAUGUCUUGAGCAAACCUUGCUCUCAAGGCGUAGUUAGGAGAAUCUUGAUCUUGUCACCAGAGACUGAGCUCAAGAGAGGGAGUAUUUAUUUUUUGAUACCUUCUUCUUCUUUGCCCGAAAAAAAGAGAAAUCAUAAAAAUCCGAAAACAUCUUCCAAAAAACCUAAAAGCAUUAACAGCAUUGAUGUUGUUGUGCUGCCGGAUCCCUGUCAGAAAAUUGUUACGUCGGAAAAGAAGGCCUCACGACGCGAUCGGAGGAGCUGUAGUAAGAGUGGCCAAUGGUUACCUCAACUAGAAAGCAUUCAUGAAGAUUAAGUCCAUUUUUCCGAUGUCGGAAGACUAUUCUUGAGUGUUUUUUUUUCUUCUUUUUUUUUCUCUUUUUUAUGUGGGGAGUGUACUUUGAGGGUGAUUUUGGCUUUGUGGAUAUAUUUUACCUUUAUAUAUACUCUUUCCUCUUGAAAUCUUCCGGCUUGCUGCUGCAUGUAAUUUUUGCUUAGCAGAUUUCGGAAUGUAAUGUUUGAUUAGAUUAUGUGAUAAGUUUCCAUUAAGUUUCCCAUAGAGAGUGUGAGGAUGUUUCUAGUGGAAAAAGUUUGUACCUUAUAAUCAUCCUCAAGUUGUAUGUAUUUUCCACUUUCUAAUGGAACUUGGGAAACCUAGUUAUCUUUUCAUACA